GAACGUGGUGAAGAGAGAUGGCGUGGCUGGAACUUCCUGACCGCCGAGACGAACAACAGCGAUCUGGCGUCCGCCCCAGCACGAGAGCUUCUGUCACAGUAUGCGACUUAUUGGAAGCUGGAUCUCUUUUAUCAGGCCAAGGACGAAGAGAAGGGGAUCUUCACUCCCGAGGCCUUGGAAGAGAUCAGGGACUUCGAGCGGCGGCUGAGAGCUUUGGAGGGCUAUGGCGACUUCUGCCGGAAGCGUUACUCCUUCGUCUCCUGUGAUCCCGCCUAUACAGUGACCAACAUCUUCUUCUCCGUGCCCAACGCUUCUAGCAUCUCAGGCGAUACCAUGCAGGUGAUCUACGAUGGAUCUGGGUCCUUGGCAAACAUCGAGGACGUGCUGAAAGGCUUCCUAAGAGAUGGGAUCGACUGGUGGGUGGACAAGGACUUCGGCCCAAAGAAUCUGAAGAGUCUAUACACCCGCGCCUCCUUCUUCGGUGGGUUGCCCUUGGAGGGUUAUGAGUCCUUGGACACCAGGUUAGAGGAGCAGAAGGCCAAGUCCAACGACUUCUUAAGGAAGGUUUGGACGGAUCUUCUUCAUCGAACGGAUUUGCCGGGUGAUGAGGGCCUGCACUACGAACACGUGGUUUUCACCUGGGCCGAGAGCCGUGUGCUCUAUGGCCAUGAGGUGAAUUUCUAUCUCUUCAAUGAUUUGAGGUUCUGCAUCGGGACCUUUAUCCUGGUCAGCGCACUGAUCCUCUUGCGGCAGCAGAGUCUGGUGACCACCUUCUGUGGAAUCCUGGGGGUGCCCUUGGCCUUCUCUGCCACUUACUACUUCCACUACGUCGUCAUGGGCUAUCAGAGGAUGAGCGUCAUGGAUUUCGUCUCCAUCUUUCUGAUCGUUGGCAUUGCAGCAGAUGACAUCUUGCUGCUUUACAACACCUACCAGCUAGCCUCUGCCGUGGUGCAGCUGAAGGGGAAGACCAACCAGCCGGCUGCUCGGAUGAGGUGGGCUUACAGGGAGGCCGCCUCGGCCAUGCUGGUGACCAGCGUGACGACCUGUGUCUCCUUCUACGCGAACAUGCUCUCGAUUGUGAGCGUCGUGAGGCAGUUCGGAUUCUUCAUGGGCACCUUGGUCUUGUGGAACUUCCUGAACGUCCUCACCAUCUUCCCCGCGAGCUUGCUAGUGAACGAGAUGUAUCUCGCUCCACUCUGGUGCUGCUGUCGUGCGACCAAAGGCCCUGCGCCCUCGAGUGCCAGCUGUGGGGAGGCGGAGGCGGUGGAGAUGGUGCAGACCGCUUCGCGCUUGGCCAGGCAGUUCUCCAAGGAUCAUGACUCUCACUACGUGCUCCACAUGCAAACGGAGAUCCAACAUGACCAUCUCGAUUGCACCGAGCGCUUCAUGGAUCGGCGCUUUCGGCCCUUCUUGGUGACUUUUCGCUGGCUCUUGUUGGCCUUCUCCUUUAGCCUUAGUGGGCUUUGCGUCUUCUUGGCCUACACAGGCUUCAGCUUGGCAUCAGGUGACAUUGUGAUCUUCGAGGAAGACGUGAACCUGGGCCGGGUCGCUGCGUUGACGUCGGAGAUCUUCCCCUCCUACACUAGCGCGGACCUCAAUAACAACCUGGCGAUCCUCAAUCCCUUGCAGCCGCAGAUCAAACCCAGCUGUCCCAGGCUGGGCGACAACAACAGCUGGUGUUCAGGCCUUGGAAGCUGCGACACCUUCACAGGGCGAUGUACCUGUCAGGAGGGCUACGUGGGCCAAGCCUGCUCGGUGCUGCGUGCCGAUCCCACCUUGGACUUCGUCCCGUGGCCGCCGCCGUCGAUUCCCAAGAGCUAUGACUACAUUCAUAUCCUGGCACGUCCGUCCCUCUUGGAGAGCCCUGGAACCGCCGAUGCCACUGAGCCCAUCUACUUUCUGAACCAGGGCGACGAGCCGGUCGAAUGGUCCAUUGAGGCCGGUCGAUAA